GCAGGGAGGAUCUAGCGGGCAGAGGAGACUGGACCAAACACAUGGCGUCUCAGUGGCAGGGCAUGACGGCCUCCAUGCGUAGACGAUCACUCCUAAAGGAGGAACAUCUAGAGAAGGCGGUGACCCGGUCUGCUGAGGGCCAUCUGGAGACGGGUCCUCUGGGCUCCCUGUGCAGACAUUUCCAAAGGAGGCUGCCACUGAGAGCCGUCAGCCUCAACCUCGGGACUGGCCCCUCCUGGAAACGCCUGGAAACCCCAGAGCCAGAGCAGCAGCAUCUUAAGGCUUCAGCUCGCUCAGCCAAAAGCGCCUUGGGUGCUAUGUCCCAGAGAAUCCAGGAGUCCUGCCAAAGUGGCACCAGGUGGCUGAUGGGAACACAGGUGAAAGUGAAGAAAAAACGAGGAGUCCAGAAGGACAGAGGGUCCUCACCACCCAGUCUGAGCCAGAAGAACACUCGGCUAUACAGGGCCAACCGGGAUGCCAGAGUCGGGGGACAUCCGCGCCUCUCUGGCCAGAUGGGUCUACAUGCCCAUCGACGUCAGCGGCUAAGGAGGGAGGCUGCCCUCCGGAGCCCCUGUUCCUCCACAGAACCUCUCUGCUCUCCCAGUGAGUCUGACAGUGACCUAGAGCCUGUGGGGGCUGGAAUCCAGCAUCUCCAGAAGCUGUCACAAAAACUGGACAAAGCCAUCAAGGCCGAAGAGAGGAAACAGGCUCUGUCCAGCCACCAAGCCGUCAGGAUGUCCGUGCCACCCACCCCAUGAACUUCCAGAGGAGGCACUGGGCUCAUCAGCAUCCCCAGGCCACUGCUAACAAGGACUUGACUAACAGGGGAUCCAGAAGCCUUCUAUUUCAGCCAUAUCUGGGCCCAUUGAUAACCACUGGCCACAGCCCAAGAGUGACUUAGGAAGACCUCGAAGAGGUGAUGGGAACUGCCCAUGCUCUCCAUGAGGACUCAUACAGCACCCUGUUCUCCAGCCUCACAGAGGCCCACACAUAUUAAGAAUGUACCUGAAGAUGCUAGACAGUUCUGAACCUUGUAACUAGGACCAAGGCCCCGCAGGAGUCAUCCCAUGAAACCACCCCCUUUAUUCCCAGUGCAGAGAUUCUUGGGGAACCACUUUUACCCCUGAUCCCACAGGGCCCCAUAGGAAGAGAGGAGAUAUUUGUAGACUGCAAACCUGAGCUCUUGGGGCCUACUUAUCAGCUCAGUGUGGGGAACUGGGGUGUGCAGGGAGGGGAACACUGUUCAAGA